AUGAACAAUAACGAUAACGACAGUGCCGCGAAUCACGAUGGUCAAACGAUUGACGAGAGCCUCUACUCCAGACAGCUGUACGUGCUCGGCCACGAGGCCAUGCAGCGGAUGGCCAAGUCCUCCGUCCUCAUUAUCGGCGCCGGCGGCCUGGGAGUGGAGAUCGCCAAGAACGUCAUCCUCGGUGGCGUCAAGUCGGUGACGCUUCAGGACACCAAAGUCACUGACAGCUAUGAUCUGUCUUCUCAGUUCUAUCUCGGAGAGCAAAGCCUGGGCUUGAACCGCGCUGAGCAGUCACUCACUCAGCUUGCCGAGCUUAAUCCCUACGUGAAGGUGGACAUUUUGACACAGCCCAUUAGUGUGGAGGCACUGGCUGACUAUUCCGUCAUUGUCAUCACCGAUUUGCCGCUGGUGGAGCAGCUGGGCAUCUCUGAGAUUGCUCGCACCAACAACACCGCCCUCAUCAUCGCCACCACUCGUGGCCUCUUUGGUCAGAUCUUCUGUGACUUUGGCGAAAACUUCACCGUCGUCGACACCAACGGCGAGAACCCCAUCUCUGUUCUGAUCUCUGGCAUUACCCGAGAAAAGGCCGGCGUCGUGGCCUGCAUUGAAGACCAUCGACAUGGCCUGGAAGACGGCGAUGUUGUCCGCUUCUCCGAAGUCAAGGGAAUGACCGAAAUCAAUGGAAAGGAGUUCAAAGUCAAGGUGACUGGCCCAUGCCAGUUCUCUAUUGGUGAUACUACUGCGUUUUCAGACUACCUCACCGGUGGAACUGUCACUCAAGUGAAGCAACCCAAGACAGUUAACUUUAAACCACUUAAAGAAUCGAUCAUGGCGCCACAGUUUGUCGACUCUGACUUUGCCAAGUUUGAUCGACCUCUGCAAGAGCACAUGUUCUUCCAGGCUCUGGAUCGCUACCGCACCAAGUUCGGCCGGCUUCCACGCUCGUGGAACAAGGAAGAUGCUGCUGCAUUUUACGAGUUGCUUCAGGGUUUAGUCAGCGAGCGUCAAGUGGAGGAGAAUGUGAUUGACGAAAAGCUUGCUAAGCUGUUCGCUCAACAGGCUCGCGGCAAUCUGGCACCCGUCAACUCAGUCAUCGGAGGCUGUGCUGCGCAAGAAGUAAUGAAGGCCUGCUCCGGAAAGUUCUCACCAAUUCAGCAGUGGUUCUACUUUGACGCCACUGAAUGUUUGCCAACCGAUGAGGCGUUCCUACCAACGGAAGAAGACGCCGCGCCUACCAACUCGCGGUACGAUGGUCAGGUGGCCGUUUUCGGUCAGAAGUUCCAGGAGACGCUGGCCAAUUUGCGCUACUUUCUGGUCGGCGCUGGCGCCAUUGGCUGUGAGCAUCUGAAGCACUUUGCAAUGCUCGGCGUUGCGACCGGCAACAACGGCCAGCUCUUUGUCACCGACAUGGACACCAUUGAAAAGUCGAAUCUGAACAGACAGUUUCUCUUUCGACCGAAGGAUGUGGGCAGUCUGAAGUCAGCUGCGGCUGCCGCUGCGACCAUAAAAAUGAAUCCGCAGAUUAAGAUCACGCCGCAUGAGAACCGCGUUUGCCCUGACACGGAGAAGGUCUAUGAUGAUACUUUCUUUGACUCUCUCAGCGGCGUUGCCAAUGCUCUGGACAAUGUGGAAGCUCGAACGUACAUGGACCGGCGAUGCGUCUACUACCGACUUCCCCUUCUCGAAUCGGGCACUUUGGGCACCAAGGGAAAUGUUCAAGUGGUGAUUCCCAAUCUCUCCGAGUCGUACUCGUCCUCUCACGAUCCACCCGAAAAGUCAAUUCCCAUGUGCACGCUGAAGAACUUCCCCAAUGCCAUUGAGCACACUCUGCAAUGGGCCCGCGAUGACUUUGAGGGACUGUUCAAGCAGUCGGCCGAGCAGGCCUAUCUCUACCUGAAUGAUCCUCAGUUUCUCGACCGAACGUGCAAGCUGAGCGGCAAUCAGCCCGUGGAGACCCUGGAGGCGGUGAAGAAGGUGCUCACUGAGCGAACCACCUCCUUUCCGGAGUGCGUCAAGUGGGCUCGUCUGUACUUUGACCAGCAAUACAACCACCAGAUUAAGCAGUUGCUCUUCAACUUUCCACCCGACUACAAAACCUCAACUGGCGCUCCCUUCUGGUCCGGACCGAAGAAGUGCCCUCACCCGAUUGAGUUUGACGUGAACAAUCCACUGCACCUGGACUACGUCGUGGCGGCGGCCAACUUGCGCGCCUUCCUCUACAACGUCCCCCAGGUCGGUGAUCGCAACCAGGUGGCCAGCAUCCUGGCCAGCAUUCCCCCCGAGGAGAUUCCCGUCUUUACGCCGAAGCAGAAUCUGAAGAUUGCCGUCAACGAUGCCGAGCUGAACAACAACUCGACGGGCAACCACCUGGACGCGAAUGAGCAGUUUACCCAGCUGCAGACGGAGCUGCCCAGUGUGGCCGAGCUGGCGGGCGUCAAGAUCUGUCCGAUUGAGUUUGAGAAGGACGACGACACCAACUUUCACAUUGACUUUAUCGUCGCAGCGAGCAACCUGCGCGCUGAAAACUACGAGAUUCCGCCGGCUGACCGCCACAAGAGCAAGCUCAUUGCCGGGCGAAUCAUUCCCGCCAUCGCCACCACCACCGCUCUUGUCUCCGGUCUGGUCUUUGUGGAGCUGUACAAGCUGGCGCAGGGAUUCAAGAGCAGUCUGGAGCCGUACAAGAAUGGCUUCAUCAACCUGGCGCUGCCCUUUUUUGGCUUCUCCACGCCGAUUGAGGUGCCGAAGAUGCGCUACUACGACCACGAGUUCACCAUCUGGGAUCGCUUUGAGGUGAAGGGCGAGCUCACCCUGAAGGAGUUUAUCGACUACUUCAAGGAGAAGCACCGCCUCUCGAUUACCAUGAUCUCGCAGGGCAACACACUGCUGUACUCCUUCUUCCUCUCCAAGGAGAAGCUCGCCGAGCGCGUCAACCUGAAGAUGACAGAGGUGCUGAAGCGAAUCAGCAAGCGACCGAUUGAGCCGCACGUCAAGUCGCUCGUCUUUGAGCUGUGCUGCAAUGAUGAGAUGGACGAGGACGUUGAGGUGCCCUAUGUACGAUACGUUCUUCCCUCCAACAACUAG